UCCUUUUGCCUUUGCAUUUUGUAAACAAAGACGAACAUGCGUUCUGUGUUGACGAGAAAAACUUUGAAAUAAUGCUCUAAAUAUAGUAGAAAAUUUGUUUAGAGUGAAUUUGUGGACUCUUCAAUAUCGUAAAGUCCUUCAAUAUUUGCAAUAACUCAAAAUACUUCAGUGUAUGUACAUAGUCAAAAAAUAGCUUGCUGAAUUUAAAAUUUUUAUCUCAGUGAGUUGACCCACGAUUUGAAGCAAAGAAGAAAUAAGAAUUUGCUAAAUACAAUAAUACCUCUAAUUCUGCUGCGAUGGAAUUGGAGAGUCUAGACUUGACAUUAGCUUGGCAGAAAUUAUGUCGGCUUUUUCCAUUGUUGGAGGGAGAGAAUCCCCAAAUGACUAUUAGUCAGGCCGAAGCAAAAGAAAUAAUAGAUUUCCUUCUAGCAUCCAAUCUUCAAGGGCUCUGCUCGAAACUCGUGUGGGCCAAAUACCAGUCAAUUUUAUUACACGAAGUCGCUCCAUCCUUUUGGAUCAAUUUUGAGAAGUCGUACAAAGAGGAAAAAGAAGCAUUCGACGCUUUCUACUCUGCAAUAUCUGAGCUGCACUACAAACUGAAAUUAUUCGAUGAUACCUUUUGGGCGCUCAAUUUCUUGGAAUCUGGUUCACACGAGAAGUGCAGAUCAACAAUCCAAGGUGUAUUGCUGGCAAGGGCACCUUACAACCACCAGGAGCUUGUAAAAUCGUUCCUUGACCUAUCGUUCAAAGUCUUUUGCCACUCUGAUAACGGCCACGAUGAUUCUGCGGAAAGUCUUUUCUGCCAAGGUUGCAACCAAGAAAUAGACCAAUGCAUGUGCAAGGAGAUUAUACUGAAAUUCACCGAAGUUAAUGAACGCUUAGUUCAAUUUGGGAUAAUGGAAAGACUGGCUGGUGAGCAGCUAAGAGAAAUUCUGCAGUCGAGAAUCAAAAGUCACGUCCAAGAAACAUGCAAAGGCAGUUUUUCCUCUCAUUUGACUGAUUUGGAAAAUUGGUUGGAUACUGUGGUCAUGGGCUGGCUAAAGCAGGUGUAUGGAGAGCAGCUGAAUUCUGUUCCCUCGUCAGAAUUGGAGCUCUCACAAAAUAAGCUGCAACAUUUUCUUUACGAAACAUACACCAAAACGCGAGUUGAAGAGUUUUUCAACAUAAUAAUAGAAUUUCCCGAAUCCCAGCCAGCUCUUGAAGAUUUGGGAAUAUGUUUGCAGAAAACCGAUUUGCGCUCAUACCUCACGAGUAAACUUCAGGGUGCUUUGGAAACCCGGCUGCUUCAUCCAGGAGCCAAUACUGUUGAUAUACUCAUCACUUAUGUGGCUGCAAUUAGAGCCCUUAGGCUUUUAGAUCCAUCCGGAGUUCUUCUAGACACAGUAACCACUCCGAUAAGACAGUAUCUCCGACAGAGAGAGGAUACAGUUCGUUGUGUUGUCACAAGCCUCACUGAGGAGGGUCCGAGCGAGCUGGCCGAAGAGUUGGCAAAAGGAAAUGCAUUAGACGAGGCUGUAGAUUCCGACGAUGACAUGGAGGACUGGAAGAACUGGAAACCACCCCCAGUAGACGCUGAUCCAAGUGAUUCUGGACAGAGCAAACGAGCAUCUGAUAUUAUAUCUAUGCUUGUCAGCGUAUACGGCAGCAAAGAUCUCUUCGUCAAUGAAUACAGGAUACUUCUGGCUGAUCGUCUUCUAUCUCAAUUUAACUAUAACACAGACAAAGAAAUAAGAUACUUGGAGCUUCUGAAGCGCAGAUUUGGUGACUCGCAACUGCAUUACUGUGAGGUGAUGCUGAAGGACGUUCAAGACUCAAGAAGAAUGAAUUCUCACUUGCAUUCCGAUUCAAGCUUUAGGGUAUCAAACGAGGUUUUUACGUGCACUGCUAUCAUAUUGUCAGCUCAGUUUUGGCCACCCUUUAAAGAGGAAAAUUUGGAAGUCCCACCCAUUGUUAAGGAGCACUUACAUAAUUACACGAAGGCAUUCGAAACACUAAAGGGUAAUCGAACGCUAUCUUGGAAGCCACAUCUGGGAUACGUCAACCUUGAUAUCGAACUAAAGGACAGAAAACUAAACGUGACCGUCUCUCCCAUUCAUGCAACCAUCAUUUGGCACUUCCAGGAGAGGAACCAGUGGACGAUAGAAGAGCUUAGCCAAGUGAUGAAGAUAUCAGGGUCUCUGCUGAGGCGCAAAAUUUCCUUCUGGCAAAGCCAAGGAAUUUUGCGUGAGCAAAGUCCAGACGUGUUUGUUCUGAUGGAAGAGGGCACUGCAAGAGCCGGGUCCGCAGGACGCACUGUUGAUCAUGUUGCUUGCGAGGACGAAGAAAUGGAAAGUGCUCUUGCGUCAGCCCACGAGCAACGAGAGGGCGAGCUGCAAGUGUUUUGGUCUUAUAUCGUGGGAAUGCUGACCAACCUGGACUCGAUGCCCUUGGAAAGGAUUCAUCAGAUGCUAAAAAUGUUUGCCUCCCAGGGUCCGACAGCUGUCGAGUGCAGCCAGCAAGAACUAAGGCACUUCUUGGACAGGAAAGUGAGAGAACAUCAGUUACUUUUCAGUGGUGGUCUCUACAAACUUCCGAAACCGUAAUUAUAAUAAUCAUAGUAACAUGAUAAAAAAAUCUUCAAAUUCCAAUUUGGAUAUAUAAUAUUUUGAACAUACUUAUAUGAGAAUUAAAAUAUAACAGAGGAGUACAAAAUUCAUUGAAAGAAAAUUU